AUGGCAGAGGUGGUGGCGUCUUACGUCAUCGCCCGGGAGUGCCGAUCCCAGCUCAAAGCGAUGUUGCAAGUAGAGCACCACGACGACCUUUUAAGAGAGUUCCGCAGUUUACUGGGGGGGCUGUCCUGGCAAGGUGGCGGCCCUGUUCUCGACAAGGACGUAUUCUUGCGAAUCGUGUUCAACCAAAAUGGCACGAAGGAGGUCGAGAAGAAGCUUGCCGACAUCUCGUGUGCGUCUGGCAUGGUGCAUUGCCAGUGGCACAGCGUGCACUUCGAGGGUAACGGGGCCAGAUUCUUUCGACUGGAUGACAAGAAGACGGCCGGUCUGGUGUCACUGUGA